UUACGCCUAGCGGCUUAUUGAAUAUUGAUCAUUACGAAUAUUUCGUACUAAAAAUGAAACUUUUUUAAAGUUCUGGGUGUAUUAAUGAUAUUUACCUUUAUUACGAUAAUAUGAUCCCGUUCGCUAUGUUUAUUUUUCAUUUUAUUAGCAGAGCAAAAAAACUAAAGUAAAAGCGAAAAAGAGAAAAAAAAGACAUGUCGUCGAGCAGUCUCUUCCCCUCCCAAAGCCCUGCACAGUCGCCGCCCUUGUUCUUCCCGAUUUGACGAAAUCGCCGCCGUCGCCCGCGGCUGUCUUCUGUCGCCGGAUUUUUUCUCCGCCGGCAGCGGACCGUUCUUUGUACGGCCUUUAUUGCCACAUUCCCUGCUGGCCGGUUUCGUCAAUACCCGCCGGCCUUCGAUUGUUUAUCCGCGCUCCCGUCGAAGGAAAACAUGCUCUCAAUCAAACAAGCUACUGAAUCAAAGAGGAUUCUCCUAUCUCCCCUUUUCCUCCUCAACGCUUCUCGCAUCUCCUCUUGUGCUGCUUCUUCUUCUUCUUCUUCUUCUUCUUCUUCUUCUUCCUCUCCUGCUGAAAAUCGCACAUCUCAGCAUCAUCCCCGCUUCUCCAAUUUUUGCUCGGUCUCUUACCAUUCGACCGCCGCUCUCCCCGUUCAAGAAGGUCUCUCCAGUUUUACCAUCAGCGCCAAAGACGUCGCCUUCUCCUUUACAGAAUGGUUCAAGAGCGGGAAAGAUGUUGUCCUGGAUCGUGUUUUCGAGAUUCUCAAGGUUCAGGGUAAGGAAGAUGAAUUGGCUUUAGCUUUUGCCCAAUUGGGUCUUCGACUCUCGGAGGCGCUGGUGUUGAAAGUGCUGGAUUACGGCAAGUCCAAGUACGAUGUCUUGACUUGCAUCAAGUUCUUCGAUUGGGCUGGUCAUCAGCAUGGGUUUUACCACACUCGUGCCACUUACCAUGCCCUAUUUAAGAUCCUUUCCAAGUCGAGAAAUAUGUCUACAAUGUUCGAUUUCCUUGGUGUGUACAGCAGAGACCGCCUGUUCCUUAAACAGAACGCCUUUCAGUCCAUUUUGGUGAUGGGUUACGCCGUGGCAGGGAAGCCCCAGAUUGCACUCCAACUGUUUGGUAGAAUGCGGUUUCAAGGGCUGGACUUGGAUGCGUUUACUUACCAUAUCCUUCUCAAUUCCUUAGUGGAGGAAGGCAGUUUUGAUUCUGUUAACGCAAUUGCUGAGCAGAUUUCAGCUCAGGGUUAUGAAAGAGAUGUCACUCACACGAUAGUCGUGAAGAGCCUGUGCAAGCAGAACAUGCUUGAUAAUGCUGAGGCUUAUCUGCGUCAGAAGCUUCUUGAAGACGAUGGACAUGCUUUAAGUGUUCUGGUCGACGCCCUUUGCCGUAAUACGCGCUUUGACAAGGCAGGAGAAUUGCUGGAGGAGUUCAAAGAACUGGGGGUUAGGCCAAUGGAGCCAGCUUAUGGUAUCUGGCUCAGGGAUCUUGUUGAAGCUGGUAAUGUUGAUGGCGCUCUGGAGUUCUUGCGAAAUAAGAAGUCACUAGAAGGGUAUGUUCCCGAGAUUUUUCGGUAUAAUUAUCUGCUGGAUAGACUGUUAAAGGAAAACAGGCUUGGUGAGGCAUACGAUUUGUUGACAGAAAUGAUGGAGGAUGGGGUUUCACCAGAUAGGUUUACUUUGAGUUCUGCAUUGUGCUUCUUCUGUAAAGCUGGAAUGGUGGGUGUUGCUCUUGAACUGUAUAAUUCCAGGUCAGAUCUUCCAUUCUCGCCCAAUAGCAUGGUAUAUAAUUAUCUCAUCAAUUCUUUGUGUGGGGAUGGGAAGGUCGAUGAUGCAUAUCAUGUCCUGAGAAAUUGGACACAAAACGGUUCGACUCCUGGGAGGCAAACGUUCUACACACUUGCUGACACUUUAUACAGGGAAGGGAAGCUUGAUAAGAUGAAGAAGCUAGUUGUGAUGGCUUUGGAGCGGAAUUUCACAACGAGUAUAUGCGAGAAGUUUAUAUCAGCUAUGUGUCAAGCUGAAAGGGUGGAAGAAGGUUACUUGAUACAUGGUGAACUCAACAGGAUGAACAAAGUUAUUAAGGGAAGUACAUACUCUAAGCUAAUUUCUGGAUUCAGUAAAUCGAAUAGAGGAGAUAUUGCUGCAAGACUUCUAAUUGAAAUGCAGGAGAAAGGGCUCAAACCGAGUAAAAAUGUGGUCAGAAAUGUUAUUUGCUGUCUAUGCAAUCUUGAAAAUGCAGAACAACAAGUUCUAAAGCUGCUAGAAAUGCAAGCAUCUCUUCAUGAACCGAGCUGUGAUAUUUAUAACUUGUUCAUUGAUGGGGCAGGGCAUGCUCAGAGGCCCGAGCUAGCCAAGAAGUUAUAUGAGAUGAUGCUGAGAAAUGGUCGAAGAAGGAGUGUCGGGAGAGUGUUGUACUGCACCAUGGUAGUUAAUCUGGCUAAUUUGGAUAAAGUCAAUCUUGCAUAUAGUUAUUUUAAGGAAAUGCGGACUGCUAAUGAACUGCGGCCUUUUGGAAUUAUUCCUAGCAUUGAAUGCUACGAGGUACUUGUACAGCAGCUCUGCGACUCUGCAAAGUAUGAUUUGGCAGUGAAACUUGUGUAUGACUAUGAGAGAGUUGGGCGCCAUGUCACUUCUUUCAUGGGCAAUGUGCUUUUGUUUCAUUCCCUUAAGGGCACAGGGCUCCAUCAGGCUUGGGAUAGUUUUAGAUUGACAGAGGUGAAAGAUGGCGAGAUCAGUGAGACGUCAUCAAACGAGAAGCUUUCACUGUUUUGCCAGCUGGUUGGUGCAUUUUCUGGUUGUGUCAAGGUCGGAGAGGAAAUUGAGGACUUGGAAGAAUUGAUUGCACAAUGCUUCCCCUUGAAUAUUUACACCUACAACUUGUUGUUGAGAAGGCUUUGCAUGAUUGAUAUGGAGAGAGCCUGCCAGUUCCUGGAAAAGAUCCUCCAGAAGGGAUAUGAACCCAAUCGAUGGACUUAUGACAUUGUAGUGCGUGGUUUUCUGAAGAUAGGGGAUACUGAUAAAGCAAGAGUAUGGUUGGUGGAGAUGUUGGAGAAAGGAUUUGAUCUCACCGAGAGUACUUGCCAACUGAUGAGCAGCGAAGCAGGAGUGAACAGCAGAAACUUCAUUUUUGGUGGUGGUCACCAAUUUUACUUGGAAAACAAGGAAAGAGUGAUGACUUGAGGUAUUGGAGCUCACUUCACCCUGUUGAGUUAUUCUGAUAAUCACCACCCCUUUCCCCUGGAUUACUCAUUUGUUUAUUGAUUGUAUCCAUUGGCAAAUUUUGUAUCAACGGAUCUUGCAGUCAAGCAUUCUGUACCUCUUUUUCACGAGAAUAAUAAUCGGUAACAAAUGACAGACCUCAGGUUCGGGUAUACGAACUUCUGUUAUUGUUGUUAUUAGGAGUUGUCCUUGUGUCAUGGUAUCUUCAUUUUCUUUAGAAGUUGCCAACUAGGUUAAGGUUUUCAAUGACUACUGAGGUCCUGUUUCAUGUGUAUGAUCUAUAGAGAAGGAAUUUUGCUGCCCUCUUUGUAUAUAUACAAUUGAAAGUCAUAGGAUGUCCUCAGGAUAAUUUGUAUGAUUGUAGACAUUGUUGAUCUUAAGAAAUAAGAAUAUGCUAUUAUUGUUUUUCAUCAGCAUUUCAGAUCUAUUCGUGUUUAACCCGAGCCUAGCCUGUUUGUAAACGAACCAAGCAUUACAAAUGUAUCAGUUAUGGUGGUUUCAGUUGACAGCGGUUCUGCUGGCUGAGUGAAGCUGUUGCUACGAAAGGAGGCUACAUGAAACCAAUCAAUGUGUGAAAGGAAACUCAAUCCUAUGUUUCCUCAUGUUUCAUCACCUCAUUUUUUGCAGCAUCGUUGCUGGGGGCAAAUCGUUCCUUUCCGGCUUCCAAUUGCAGAGGAGAAGAACUGCACCGGUUUCCAAGUGCGGAGGAGAAGAACUGCAGCAUAACAUUAUCCGAAGCUGCAUGCGCUGAAAGAAAGACAGAUGUUGGUGCCGUUUAUGAUUCAAGCCAUGGAGGAAAGGGAACCCAAGCUAGAGAUGCCAGCAGGCUCGUGAUGCUUCGAACAUACUGUGGAUCUCAUACAACUCCAAAUGGGACUUCAGAACCAGACUGAGGGUGUUCUCUUUCUCAGAGCGCAAACCAUAGUAAGUGGCUGAUUCUCCAGGCAAUUCGAAAUUUAACUAGCUGAUUGUGUGAACAAGGGCGCUGGGAUGCGAAUAACCAGUCCUGACGCUAAGAAACACAUCUGUGGUUUAAGAACACUAGUCAAUGACAAGUGAUGCAAUGUCCUGUGGACGACAUUUUAGAUAGUGAGAAGAGAAUUUGGAGAAGUUAAGGAGGUCUCUCAAAUGAUGCAACUGAGGUAGAGUUGAUUUGGUUUCAAACUUUAUCCCGGAACUUGAUUUUGUACAUCGACUCUACGAGAAUAAAAAUUUACCGCACGCUUAAUACCAGAGGAGACUCUGGGUGGCAAAGAAAGAAAUGAACAACAUGACGAUGGUAGUCAAAUUCGCACUCAAUGAAGUAGCCGACACACUGAGCUUAAAACAAUGUCCACUGCAUAGGUUUCAUGCCACCCUCUCGCGCCUAAUCUUUGCAUUCUCAUUGUAAAUGUGAUUCCUAUUAUGAUGAGAGUUGUAUUUUGUGUUGAGAAAACUCAAUGGCUCACCUAAGUAUGUGUUAUUUCCAUCUACAUAAUGUCUUUUUUCCAACUCCGUGAGAGAAUUCAUUUGGUUGCAUCCUUAAAAAAUAAAGCUCCCAAUUAUGAUUAUGAAAAUCCCUCGUCUCACGAGGAAUAUCUUUCAAACACUAACGAUUCUCUACUUUCAAGAGCCAUCUGUUAAUGAUGGUUGCAUUGUCACUCUGACAUGGCAACUCGACUUGCCUGACUUCAAAUUAAAAAUAUAAUAUUUAGGAAAAAUCAUCUGAAAAAUUUGUUAAGGGGUCGUUUGCUUUUGGUGAUAGUUUGAUUUCAAUUGUUACAAUGCUUGUAUUGUUCACAAUGACUCGUUAUUUUGAAUUUCUUGCACACAUAAUACGAACAUUGUUUGCUUGACGUGACAUAAACUAUCACUCAAAAUUAAACAUAGUUAAAUCUCACAUUUUAAAUGAAUUAUUGAGAUUAUA